AUGGGAUCUGUUGCAGUUGAGCCACAGCCGAGCGUGGUGACGAGAGUCGCCAACCUGCCCUUGGUGAGCUCCACUUACGACCUGGUCUCCUCAGCUUACGUCAGCACGAAAGAUCAGUAUCCGUACUUGAAGUCAGUGUGUGAGAUCGCAGAGAAGGGUGUGAAGACCAUCACCUCCGUGGCCGUGACCAGUACCUUGCCAAUCAUCCAGAAGCUAGAACCUCAAAUUGCAGUUGCAAAUACCUAUGCCUGUAAAGAGUUGGACCGGCUCGAGGAAAAACUGCCUAUUCUGAAUCAGCCCACAGAGCAGGUUGUUGCCAGUGCCAAAGGUGCUGUGACUGGGGCAAAAGCUGCUGUGACUGGGGCUGUGACCGGGGCCAAGGACUCGGUGGCCAGUACCAUCACUGGAGUGGUAGAUAAGACUAAAGGGGCAGUGACCGGCAGUGUGGAGAAGACCAAGUCUGUGGUCAAUGGCAGCAUUAACACAGUGUUGGGAAGUCGGAUGGUGCAGCUGCUUAACAGUGGAGUGGAAAGUGCACUCACCAGAUCAGAGCUGCUGGUUGACCAGUAUCUCCCUUUAACACAGGAGGAACUAGAAAAAGAAGCAAAAAAGGUUGAAGGAUUUGACAUGGUUCAGAAGCCAAGUUACUACGUCAGACUGGGGUCUCUGUCUUCCAAGUUCCGUUCCCGUGCCUACCAGCAGGCUCUCAGCAGGGUUGAAGAAACUAAGCAAAAAUGCCAACAGACCAUCUCUCAGCUCCAUUCCACUGUUAAACUGAUUGAGUUUGCCAGCAAGAAUGUACAUGAUGCCAACCAGAAACUUCAGGAUGCUCAGGAUAAACUCUAUCUCUCGUGGGUGGAGUGGAAGAGAAGCAUUGGCCAUGACGAUACAGAUGAACCCCACUGUACUGAACACAUCGAGUCACGUACUCUUGCUGUUGCCCGCAGCCUGACUCAGCAGCUCCAGACCACCUGCAACAUGCUCCUGUCCAACAUCCAGGGCUUGCCGCAGAACAUUCAAGACAAAGCCAGUCACUUGGGGGUCAUGGCAAGUGACAUGUAUUCAAUGUUCCUCAGCGCCUCCUCCUUUAAGGAAGUGUCCGACAGCCUUCUCACUUCCAGCAAGCGUCAGCUGCAGAAAAUGAAGGUGUCUUUAGAUGAUGUCAUGGAUUAUCUUGUUAAUAACACACCACUCAACUGGCUGGUAGGUCCCUUUGAUUCUUAUCUGGCCGAGUCUCAGAAUGCUCAGGUCCAAGGUGCAGGGCAGGACAAGACUGGCCAGGAGGCCCAGCAGCCCGAGGAGAGAACAUAUUAG